AGAAUCAAAAGACGGAGCGCAAAAAUUGGGGGGUCUCCAGCUCUGCCUGUGUCACAUGGAAGCACAGUAGCGGAGCCGAGGGGAUGCGAGUACAGAUGGAGGGGGCUUGAGGGACUGUGGUGGAGGAAAAACUGGCUCUUGGAGAUCAAACUGGAGAUACGGCAGCGGCACCAGAGGCGGACAGGCACUUUCCCAGCCUCCCUUCUGGCUGGGGGAGCAGAGGAGCGGAGGACAGGGGCGCAUGAGAGGGUCAACGGGCUGCUCGAAGGGAUGUCACACGCGAAAUAUGCUGCAUUCGUGUUUUGUGGAGCCCGCGGACGCCAACUUAUCGCUUUUGAUUGAUUAUGCUGCGCCUGGUCCGAGUGGAAGCAGAAGGAAGCGACCAGGGUUGACGCUGCGCCUCCCCAAAUCCCUGAUCUGAGUGAGUACAGGGGGAUGCUAUAGCGCAAUGCUCUGUGCCCGUGGCUAUGUGACAGGCUGGAGGGAGGAGGGGGGGAAGGAAGAGGGGAGGAUGGAGGGGGGAUCAUUCAUAUGUGCCUAUAGAUUCAGGUCGAUAAGCUGUACGCGCGUUUAGCACGCAAAACCCUCCAUCCAAAGAGGAGACAUGUCUGCUGUGCGUCUUUUUCUUUGUGCUUAUCCUCUCUGGUCAUACAUCUAACACAGACACGUGUGCACCCACCUUUAGCUCUUACUGCAUUGCCUUUUUUUUUAACGAUUUAAGCCCCCCAUAUGAAGGCAUUCAUCAGAGAAAGUCUGAGUGAUUUGCAGAGAGGAAGGCGCAGGAAAGCUCCAAUCAUUGUUUUCCUGCAUGUGCAACAUCCCUGCUGACUGUGGAGCAUGAAGAUAAUUAACGUUAGACCUUCCGUUAACAUUUGCAGCCCCUCCACCCUCCCCUCCUCCAUCCCUUACUCAUAAAUAGGGGGGUGUGGGGAUCUGGCUUUGUCGUGUAAGUUGCCAGCUGACCUCAGGGACACAACAUCCUCCACCAGGCUCACUUUGAUCUGGAAAUGAAUCGGAAACGCUUUGAUGAUUAGAGAAAGGAAAAAGAGAGGGGUUAAAGGAGAAAAUAGAGUUGCUACAGGCGGAAUGAAACAAAACCCUGAUGAAAAAAAAAGGAUGCAUCAGGCUGAAAUCCCUCAUUUUCUCUCCCCCCACCUUUAUGGAUAUUUUAUUUUCUAAACCAGAGUUCACACCCUGUCUCAGCCGGCUUCAUCUGUAACCUGUUGUCAUGAGCAUCCCCGCAGUUUGAGGUGUCAGCAGCGCCCAGAGAAACCGUCACCCAGCUGUGAUUGAUGCCUCCUGAGUGGGUGCCAUCAUGAGCUACACAUCCACACAACCUCCCCUGACACACAGCACCACAUGGAGGAUUUCUGAAAACACGUUUAAAGCCAUGAUUCCCCCUCCAACUUUCAGCUCUCCUUCUUGUUGUUUUUCAGCAUGUUUCGAGGUCCCCCCCUCUGCUAGAGAGAAUAUGAAUAAUGUGGUCACAAGAAAUUAUAAUUAUGCACUAAUUUGCUGUGAAUAAUGUCAGGCGGUGUUUGUAUCAGAGGCGGCGUGGCUCGGAUAAAGACAGAGCCUCCUCUUCCACACUGGCUUCAGCUUUCUUCCUCACAGGGGCAUGGUUAAUCGUUGUUGCAAGCAAACAUUUGACCUAAUUCACAUUCUCACACAAUAGCAGCCUCCUCUCUCUCUCUCCCCCCACCUCACACACACACACUCUGUCACACACACACACACACACACACACACACACACAUAGCUGUUAUUUGUGUCACACAGAGGGUGAGGUUUUCGCUCCACAUGAACUCCCAGGUGGCUUAUCAAAACCUGAGCAGAUUCGGCACACAGGCCGCUGCUGGCUGGCUGGUUAAAAAAAAACAAAGAGGUCCAGUUCAUUAAUAAUGAGCUCUCGUGUAAAUUCACAGUCUGUUCCUGGAAAAUUAAAAGCCCACUGGUGUUUGUUUUGACACCGUGGGGCUAAAUGUGUUUCUCAAAUAAUAACAAUUUUUUUGAGGAUUACAACUUAAGUCCUUGUUUGACGUUAUGGCCUCCAAACAUGAACAUUUCCCUCAUUCUCCGUUGGUUUUGGUUUUUAAAAAUAGAAAUGCCCUCUGAAUUUUUGAACUACAACCUGAUCUGAUUGGCUCCAAGUGUCCCCCAGCAUGUUUCACACUUCAUUAUCAGGCGUGUAUCACUGAGAUUAGGUCCAAGUCAACAGGUGACAUAUUCUCAUUCAUUCGGUCAUGUUGAACAGUAACAGAUGAUUUCCAAACAGAGAGCUUUAUGUUGUAUUAUCGAAGGAAGGAAAGAGGAAAUGAACUAAAAUCUCACAUCUUGUAAGCUGAAUUUGUCAGAUUGAGGCAAAAACUGAUUGGCGUCUAUUUUAUGAUCUUUGUUGGAUCGUUACCAAAAUAAAGGUUUUUGUUUAUCUAUUGAGCGAGAGUUUUUGAGUCCAUUUUGAGAGAUAGUGGUCAGAUUCCUCAUUAAAGGACUCCCUUGCUCACCCCCUCCUGUUGCAACAUGACAUGUUGCCGUGGAGAACAGGUAGGUCCUAUGAUGCUCCUUCAUUUGCCAACUUUCUACCAUGAAAAACAUCAGUCUAUAUACAUUAUUUUGCACACAACAACAUCUCAACGCCUAUAUUUUAGGCGGCCACUUAUUAAAUACAAAGUAUCGCGAAAUAACAGCACAUUUAACCGCUGAGCUACUCUUGCUCACCAUGUCUUUGUUUCUAAUAUAAAAAUGUCGGACGUUUCUGGAUGGAUAAGUCUGGUUUUAGAAAGAACUGGACAAAAUGAUUUCAUAAUCUUUCCCAUUGAGUAAUAGACAACUAUUAGACGUCUCCUUUUAUUAGACCUAGUUUUAACCAUCUAGAUUCUGUAUAUUUUUAGAAGUUGCACUUUAACCCAUUAUUCGAUAAUUAUUUAUUUCAAAAAGCAAAUGUGAGUUGCAUAACUGAUCUCCAAGUACUUAACCAAAAUAACUAUGAUAGCUGUUGAACAAUAUACAGUCAGACCUCUGUUAGCCGGCUGGUCUAAACUUGGUCUAAAUUUAGACGUCUAAAAACUUUAAUUUUUAGACCUGUGGUAGUCUGAUUUUAGACCAGUCGUCUAGGCUACAUGUAGACGUUGAUUAGACCUCUUUUAGACCAAAAAAUGCUCAGUGGGUUUAGAUGAUUUUCUUUUCUUUUAUAGUCUACGCAAAUUGACAGAUUAAACAAUAAACUAGCCGAUCAUUGGUUCAAACUUGUAGACUGUUUAAUGACUGAAAUAAAUAACAAUUUCUGAGGUUUUAUGUUGCGUUUGUUUCCCUCACGAGCUGGGUCGUAACAGGUCGCCAUGUUGGAAAUGCUGCCUCAACCUAACCAGAGAUGGACGUUUAGCCUCCUUGAAAAUGGUAUCAGUGUACCCGCCUUUCAGUCAAGUCAGCCUUGCUUCUGAUUCGCCAAUCUUGUAACCAUAACAACUCUGGCCCUGGGUGCCAUAAGCCAAGCUCGUCAUACUAUAGCUGUUUUUUAAAAGUGUUUAUUUUUGCUCCAUAAAUGGUUUUGUCUGUCUGUGGUUUGUGGUGCUUCUGCAGCCAGCCUAAGUGGAGCCUCAAGUGGGCGUUCAUGAAACUGCAGGUUUUAACAGUUCUGAGCUUUUACGAAAUCAAUGAGACGAUCAAUAAAGAAAAUGUACUUUCACUCAUUAUUUUAGCCUUAUAUUAAAUCACGCUAUGUAAUCACGUAAUCAAUAAAAUACUUGUUUACCAUAUUAGCUCUGUUUUAAGCCAUCAUAAAGAACUUUAUUAGCGUUAGUUCUGCCAUGUUUAAUAUUUAGAUAGUUUUGUACUUGUAGCGCCCAUCAGUGACUUAAAGUUUGCGUUGGAUUUGGCGCCCCCUGUGGCAAAAGCAGCACCCCUCACCUUUUUCUUGUCUUGUCAGAGGUGUUUCCCAUCCUGCUUUGCUCUAAAGUCACCACACAGGAACUGCUGAUCUCAGCCCUGGAGCUCCUGUUUGUUUUUAUAGGUUUUCAGGUGUGGUUCCUUUCUUGAAACUCUUUGGCCUUGUCGCUGUAAAAGACAGUCAUGAAGACGUAAUUACCAUUAAUGACCAGUUUAAAGCAACCAGACAACAGUGUCGUUAAUUUAAAGCACCAUUAUUCUAAACAUUUACUAAUGUUGCUCAAAUAAAUGAGCCAAUCUGAUCACAUGGCCUCGGGUUUGGGUGUUUUAUCGGACAAACGAUUUAUCAAAAGUAACAAUUGGCAGACUGAUCAAUACAGGAAAUAAGCUAGCAGUCCUAGCUCCCUGUGUGUUCGCUGACUCAAUAAGAAGGAAAAUAAAGGGUAAUCUGUCCAUUAUAAGAUUUUUUUAAGCUUUUAGUUUCAGAUGUUUUGAUAUUUUCUUUGUUCCCAAAGUUAAACAGAUUUUUGUUUUAGACUAGAUUUUAUUCGUCUUUCAUAAUUUUGCUCCGUUUUUAUUAACUACAAGCUCCUUUUGGUCAGUGAUACACAGUCAGGGCAACACCUGGCAAACUGCCCCCCAGGUAUUCACUGGUAGUUAGUGAGGAGUCCACUGAGCUCCACAGGCAGGUGGAGAGAGGGAGGAUGGGGGGUGGGGGGCUUUGUUUAGCAGGGGAAAUCUGCCGGGGGAUGGUCGAUUCCUCCUCCUGCUCUGAGCGCCACGUCCAAUCGGCUGGCUGUGACGAGGCAGCUCGAGGGCCAGAGAUUACACCGCAGUGCUGAGGCGUCACUCUCGCUGCACACCGCAGGCGGAGGCAGGGAGGGGGGGAGGGAGGGAGAGAGGAGGGAAGGGUGGGGAGGCGCGUGGACACACUCAUUGAGACAGGGGAAGGGAAAAGGAAAAGGAGAGAACCUUGUUAGGAAAUGUGACAGCUUGGUCUCAUCAUCUGCGUUCAGCGUCUUCAAACACCUGCCACAGGACUCCCACGCUCAUCAUCCUCCCAUCCUCGCUCUGCUUUCUUUUCCUCCACACCUACACCUUUCCCCUUUCUUCUCUCUCAUCACCCUCUCCAUCUCUACUUGUCCUCGCUCUGUUGUCGAAUCAGCACAGAGAUAAUUACACUGACGCUGUCGAAACGAUGAUUUAAAUGAUCAUCUCGUCAUAGGUGCGUUUUGUUCUUUAAAUCUAACACGCAGGAGUGUUUCUGCUCUCCUCUGGUAGAUGAAGUAGUGGCAUGAAAGCAGGUCACAGUGUGUGAAAUCUCUGACAUGUUUGCCGCCUGCUGUUAAAAUUCACCAAAACAGUUUUGAAAGGCAUGCUGGGAAAACAUGUUCACUGCUGCAGUCUCUUUUCUCCAGAUAUGCUCAAAGACCUCGGCAAUUAUAUUUCAUAGCCGCUGCUGCAAAUUUGACUUAUUGAUCACAGACUGCAUAAAUAGUUAUGAACUUGUGAUUUAUUGGGAUGAGGAAACAAAGGUUUUCUUCUCGUUUUGAACUUGAGGGGGAAAACUAAAAGCAGCGUGGAAAGAACCACAGAGAUGUCCAUGUGUGAAAUUUGGAGCAAAUUGGAUUUCAUGCUGAGAACAGUUGGGUUCACGGCUGGAUCAGCUGAAAGAGACGCAAAUAGCCAAAAGUCUGCAAAUUUUCUACCAUGCAGAGUGUAAUAAACUCCAGUCCUGUAUCUGUUCUGUCGGUUUUAUUAGAAAAGCAGAUCUCUAGUUUAGCUGUAAACAUAUUGCAGUGAAAUAUGAGGCUGUUUUAAAGGUUGAUGAUUCAAUUACAUCGAUACAAAGAGAAACCAAUGAUCCAUAUUUAAACAAAAAGCCCAAAUAUAUUACAAAUUAUUAAUAAAUGUAUUUGUGUUAUCAUCUAAAAGGGAUAGUCGUGGGGUUGUGCAUUUGCUGGUCAGCUCGGCUCCUUCAUUGAGAAACCUGCAGGUGAACAUGAAUGGACAGAGUCAAGUCUACCCACAAGGUCGCAGCAGAGUUUCGAGGCCAUUGGGAGCGCUCGCCAUGUUAGAAAUGCUGACGCGAUUGAACUUUCAGUCAAACUUCCAAGAGGCAAAGACGGGGGAGUUGAGUCAGGCCUGCAGUCCCCUCACAAACAGCUACAGUGUGCUUUACUGUCAGUCAAGUCAGCUGUGCCUCCUCUACCUCAAAAAUUGUAAUCUUCAAACUUCAUGCAUCAUAAAAAAUGAUAUUAGUCUGAUUUUAGUCAGACUAACCCUGAAUUUCCACUGCAUCUGGAACGGCAGCGAUUUUAGCCGUCCGACAAUUCCUACCGUUUGUGAGGCGAAUUUUGUGGCGGAUUACGGACCGCGGGAAUCGCAGGAACUUACAAGAACCCACGGAAUCACGUGCAAUCGCGCGAUAAUGAGUUGUCUCUAUAAAGACAUCCACAUAGGCUAACUGUAUAAGCAGUAGAUUGUGUCCUUCCAGAGGAGGAAAUCUACUUCUAGACUUUUAGAAUCAGCAUCUCCUCAUCCAUGGUGUCAUCGGGGUGAAAAGCUGUCUAUAAACCUUUCACUUGUUCGAUCCGCCUGAAACACGGAGUGUUUUAUAUUGAAAAGAAGCCAGAUGUUUUAUUUUGUGUCUGUGCCCUCCAGCACGGGUUAAUCUGCGCUGAAUUUGUCCACCAUGCUCCGGUGUCUGGGAAAAAUAGAACUCUUGCGAUCAGCUGCGGAGUCCUGUGAUCUGCAGCGGAACGGAAAGAAGCCGGUGGAAAUUGACACGUUAACUUGAAUGGUUACGCUUAGCUACGAUCGGCGGAUACAGCCUUUACGUAGCCGUUCCGGAUGCAGUGGAAUAUGGGGGUAAGGCGCUGACUGUCACUAGUGGGAUGUGGUAUCUCAGGAUCUUUCUGAAUCAGAAGAUACCAGCGGAUCACAAAUUGCUGCAGUCUACAUAACUAGUUUCCUUCUCUACAGUUUAUCUAUGAACUUUCUUCAAUUUAAGGAGUUAAAUCAGAAAACCAGGAGUUACGAGUGAGUUUUUGGAAGUAAGCCAAACUGAGAUGCAAAAAUAUCACAAUCAUAAACCUGCAAAGCUGACCAGUGAGCUACAGGUGCGAUUAAAAACAAAGAGGUUUUCUGGUCGUAAUAGAAAGCUGCUGACAAAUGUCCCUGAGAGUGUCUGCAGCGUUUGACAGGCUGUAGCUUCUGUCCUGGUUCUCUGGUCGGUUUUUCAAUAAAGGGGCAGAGCUGAUUGGCAUCCCCUGUGGCUAAUACUAUUGACAAGGACCUCAUACAACCCCACUUAAAAAAAACUGUCUCUUUACAUCAACCCCAGGCUACUUAGACACUCAAUAAAACCCUUUAAAUGCAGACUUUGUAUCACCAGGUAACACAACACUGUCAGAAAUCAUUGAAAUAACGUCAUAUUAUCAUAAAACGUGUGAUUUUUCACUCCUGUAGUAAAGCCAAAAAUAUCUAUUCACACAACAGCAGAGGAGAAUAAAAGAUGUUGAACAUGAUGAACAUUUACAGCGUGGAUUUGACAGAGCUGACCACUGAUUUUAGGCCAAAACAGACCCCACCCUCUAUCGAGCUGUUUUUAAGUCCGGCGAUAAUCGAUCGCCUCUGGGAUUCAUUUGUCCUGUUUUGUGUUCUGAGAAAAAAAAAUCUGAAUCCGUUCCAGUCUGCAUAGAUGGAAACCUCAUUUUGAUGGAGCCAAUCAAUUCCUGCAUAAAGACAGAAGCUCACAGCACAAAACAGGAGCAACACGUUUUAGACGACAACAGCAACAACAAACAACGUUAGCUUUUCUGUAAAGUCUCAAACAUGGAGACACAUCUGUGCUGAGAACAUAAUCAAACACUCACAGUGUUAACAUACCUGCAGAGUCCAUCUCCACACUUGCUACUGUUGGAACCAGAGACCCCUUAGCUUCAUUUCACACUGAAGACUGAAUCCACUUCAAGUUUGGUUUCCUGAAUCCAUCUGAGCGGUGGCUUCUACAAAAACAAAAAAGCAAUGAAUAAAGUAAGGAUGUUAAAUUAAUUAUCUACUCUAGUAUUUAAAAACGUCUGUUCUGUUCAAGAUACACCCUACUUAUUCUCAUAAAAGGGUAUCACAAGGGAAAUUAGAUUGUAUAUAAUGAGAGAAGAUCAAGUAUUAUCUGAUACGAUCUGAUAUUUGGCCUCAUCCUCCUGUUUUAGAGAUGGCUGAUAAAAUGUAUUAAUUAAAAAGGAGGCUACUUUUGGCCGUGUGCAUAUCUUAUCCUCUGAGACUGUUUUCUUGCACCAUUGGCCAAAGUUUUCUUUCUUUGACACCUGGAUCCUGCUCGUCUUUCAUCAGGUCGUGUGUUUUCUUUUAUUGACCGUGUUGACCGGGGGGUUAAUCUACCAGUCAGACUCCGAUAAACCCUCUCAUGAUAUGUACCCCAAGACCCUUUUACUUAAAAAAGGAUGAUUUUCAAACAUGUUGACAUUAUUUCUGAACCAAAACGACCCUUUUAAAUAGAAAUACUGUACCAACCCCUACGGCUAAUCACUUUCAUAUUUUUUGGGCCUGUCCAAAAAUCAUUUUGGAGGGAGGUGUCAACCUAGAUAAAUAAAAUAUUGAGGGUGGAUUUAGGCUUUUCUUUUGUUGUUUUAUGUCUCGGUAAAAUCCCGGAAACAGUCCUACGUAAGGACAGGUACCUGUUGAAGAUUCUUUUGGCAAGUGGUAGGAAAGCCAUAACAAGAAGGUGGUUGCAACCAGAUUCCCCAACAUUAAACCAGUGGCACGGGACUGUCCAAGAAAUUCACUGUAUGGAGAGACUUACUUUUGUUUUAAGACUUCAGUCGGAGAAAUGUUUGAAACACUGGGAAAAAUGGACUGAGUAUGCACCUUGUGACAUUAGCUAUGAUUUAUGUGUGCGUGUAUAUAUGUAUUUAUGUGUAAAAGAAUAUUUACAUUCAACUGUAUCACCCAUGAUGUCCUCAUGUUCUGUAAAUAAAUAAAAAGUAUUAAAAAAAAGAAAUAACUGUACCACAGUGCUAACAUAAAACUAAAUGACCAAAGCUGAUUGUGAUCCUUAAGCCACACAGGUUUGCCACUCACAGCUGUCAGACAUCAGGUUCGGUCGAUACAUUAAUCCUGUCAGGUAUCAAUCAACCACUUUGGCAUCCAGGAAGGUUUCUGGAGCCGUGCAGCUCCUGAACAUUCAGUUUUCUUUUUAUGCACUUUAAAAAGUCUCCAAACCUUCUCCACAUAACGGAGAGUUGUAUUUAUGAUUCUGCAUGAAAAAUAAAAUGCAUUGAAACGAUUUAUUUGUGCAGACAGUAUUUUAGCUGAACAUUUUGACUGUCAACGCUGAGUGAAAACUGGUUAAAAUUCAGUCUUUGACAUUCAAAAGUGAUUCCUCUGUUUGCAGCUGAACUGUCCCUGUAAUGGGAUGUUUAUUCAGGGCGUUUGCUUUUACUUUUCUGAAGGAGUAACACUUGGUUAAACUACAACAAAGUGCAAAUAACACACAGAAUUAAAACUUUCCAAAUACAGACCAUAAAGGAACGAAAUAGGACCACAAUUUGCUCAACCUAAAAAUGCUUAGUCAUACUGCUAGCUUACAGCUCUGUUGGUUUAAAGCUCUACGAACUUCCAACUGACUGACUUUAAAGUUUCAAACCAAAAAACUUUCGCAAAUUUGCCUUAAAACCAUAAAAAUGUAAAUAAAUGAACUCCUUAUCUUCCAGUGCUGCUAAAUGUUGAAUGUCAAAGCGGUAGAACUGGUUGGAGAAGUUGAAACCAUUGAAUAAAAACUGAUGAAUAGAAAGAUGGAGCUGAAUUUGGUCAGAGAUGUGCCGGAUUUAUCUUGGCGAACGUGCCGGGCAAGUCGCCACUCUUGGCGAGAUUUGGAGAAAACACUGGCAACGCUCUGAGAAGGAUUUCACUACUAUAAAAGACGGUGGGCAAAACAUAGACCUGAGCGCCUAAAAAUAGACUCUUGCAUCUUUUUUUCAACAAUCAGACUCCAAAGUGUCUUUUAUGAUCACAUGUGGUGUCAGAAAAUGGACUCAACAGAAAAAAAACGCAAGCUCUAGCAUGACGGGCAAAAUUGAAGAGGAUUCAUGCAGGAGGAAAUGAGGAAUUAACCACAUUAUAGGGUCAUGAACUGACGGUUUCUAUGAAGAAGAGCAGAGCAGAAACUCAUGCUUGGGUUUCUUAAAUCCUUAUUAGGCCUCUAACUUUACAGAUCUCUGCUGCAGUACUUAAGCUAGAUUACUGAAGCUGCUUUAGAUUGACAUGUUGGCUUCAGAUUCGCUCUCUAAUGUGCCGGUUCUCCUAAAGCAGCAGCAGCAGCAGUCUCAGGGCGUCCGAGGCUUUGGCAAACUUUCAGGGAACACACACAUUGUUCAGCAGACUACAGACAGAUUGUUAAAGUCAUUUGGACUUUGAAGAUUAAAUUCUGUCUGGAAGGAAAGGAUCUUUGUGGAAUCAGCAUGUUGUUGAAAGUGUCAGAUUUGAUCUCGGGCGAGGACGAUUGAGGAAAAGUGCGUCUAAAAAGAGCACGCAUGGAGCGUUUUGUUUGGAUGGAGAUCUGACGCUUCAAACUGAAUAAAUACAUGAGGAACGUUUGGAUCAGACACAUGCAGAUGGUUAAGUAACAGCCUCUAACUUCACAUUUUUGGACAAAGCGGGCGGUAUGUUUUCUGCAGCCUGUCAUUCAGCAUUGUGUUUGCUGACGGACAUGUGACAAUCACACAUAAACACACAUGAAACCGCACAGUCACAGCAGACAGAUGGCGUGAUUUGACAGAGAUUAGAACCGGCUAGUUGUUUAGUCUUUUUGUUAUCGCUUGUUCUUUUGUUUUUUUUACUGUUUAUUUGAAACAUAUUACACUGCCAAAUGUGAAUUUGUCUGGCAAGCAGAGAGGAGAAGACGGAGCAAAAAAAAAAAAAAGAUGUUUUCUGUCUGCUCGCUCCGCUUUCAUACUCGUCUCCUUCAGUGUUUCUGGCUUCUCUGCCUGCUGGCGUGUUCGGCUUCUCUGUGACUCAUUGUGCCUUCUCAAUAUGUAUGUUUGUUUUUGUUUGAAUGGUUAAACAAGAGGAAAUUUGUAUUUCCCCAUAUGUGCCGUAGAAGCUACCUGACAAACAGAGGAAUCUCAUGAAACUGUGCUCAAAUAUGGAGGAUUUUCUGCUUCCUUUAGUUACAGGAGCAGCUGAUAAAUGUGUAACUUCUGUAUUAGCUGGAGUUAUAAGCUCACUUUUAGACCCCGGCACCUGAAAAUCUUUGUUGGUGAGCAGGUAUGCUGUUGAUGUCCAUGUAAGUGUGACACAUAAAGCUCAGUAAUCCCUCAAACAAGGUAAAGCAGAACACAUGCCUGAGGCGUAAUGUCUGUUCACUUCACUGCCUCAGAGCUGGAUGGGAAUUCUCCUUUCUCCUCUUAUCAAACUGCUGCUUCCCUCCUGCUCUCUGCUGCGUGAAUAUUUUACUUCUGCUUCUGCUGCUUUGUUAACCUACUUAAUGUUUCGUAAAGGUUAGAUCAUUUUGUAAUUAAGCCUCACUCUCUGCCUUUUCCCCGCAGAUCCCCGAGCGAGCGUGGCACCUCCCUGCGUGCAUGAGUUGUAAGGGUGUGUGUGAGUGUGUGUGUGUGUGAGAGCAAGUGAGCGUCAGCGCUCCCACAUGGCCUCCAUGCAGGACGGGCUGAACUUCACGGCUCCUCCCUACGGCAAGGUCCUGCUGCUGGGCGCUAUCGCUGCUGCCUCAGCCUUCGUCGUCACCAUCCUCAUCGUGGUGCUCUGCGUGGGCUGCCAGAGGUAAGCGUGGGGAACGUGCACACGUGACACACACACACACACACACACACACACACACACACACACACACACACACACACACAUGAAUACACAGAAUCGUCUCGUUAACACAUGCAUGCAAAAGCAGUAUUAAUUUCAGUCUAUUUAACAAAUGUCAAAAAAAUCCUUACAGGAGCUUUAAGUUUGGGUAAUAAUAAAAAAAAAAAUAGAUGCCUUUUUUUUAUAUUGGCGCCCCCUGUGGACAAAGCAGUCCUUCAUAUUUACUGAUCUUGUCGUACAUGCCUUAAAGGUGGGGUAGGCGGGAUCUGAGGGAGAAAUCUUGAAUGUUAACACUUCCCCUCCCAACCAGUUUUCCCCCCUGCUCGCUCGUAUUGUUUCAAUUAAAUUCAGAUAUAAUGCAGAUAAGUACUUCAGAUCAUUACAAAUGGGGCCCAGUCUACGUGAAAGUAAAAAGCAUUGGUGCUACUGUAGAUGCCAACAGACUACCAGCAAACACAAUGUUUGCAGGACUUCAACAACUAGGAUAAAGUGACAUAGUCCAGGACCCGAGGUCAACAGUUUAGCGGCGCUACAACACGAAGCAGGUCCUGUUUUACAAGAAACACUUCUGUUACACUUUGCUUACUUUGUUAAAGCGGUUUACCUGUCCAGCAAAAAGGUUAGGGGUCUGUAGGAUCCGGAAGCAUACCCAAAAUGCUACACUGACGUUGACUCGGCUUUUUAGCUCUUGUCCGGUCUACCUCCUUUUUAAGCGCCAUUAUUCCGCCAGAGUCUCCGGUAUUUACAUCGUUUUCUUGUUUGUGUUGGCAGUCGUGACCAAAGGAGGAUUCAGAAAAAUUUCCAUACUUUCUGGUUGGUUUCUACUGUCCAAUAUUGUGUCUCACAACACGUGGGAGCAGUGUCUGCCUCACAACCAAUAAGGAUGGGGGAGGUGGAGAAUGGCUUUGUUUACAGUCAGAAAGAGCAGGCCGCUAAAACAGACAUGACAGAACACAGUGAUAUUGUUAUAUUACCAAAUGUCAUCAAUAACUAACAGCUAUUGACUGAUACUAAAAGCUUUUUUUAAACACCAUAAAAAAGAUGCUUCUUUAACAGAUUCCUGCCUAGCCCACCUUUAAAAAGUCCUCCCAUCUGUUGACAGUCACAUGCAUAUUUCACUGUGAAUACUUGCAGUGGAAAAUAUAACAAAGCUGUUCCUUUAAUGUGCUGUAAAUUAUUCGUCUGACACCUGACCCCUGGCAGUGGUUACAGAUAUUAUACAUAUCUUAAAAGAAAUAGUCACUCUUGUUGUUGUAGUUCAUCAAAAGGCACCAGUGUUAAACUCAGCCUGUUUCAUAAGCGGUAAAAAAAAAAAUACUGACUGUGGCUUUAAACAGUUAAUGAUGUUUGUCAAAGUUUGAACAACAUUGAACUGAAACAGAAACCAGCCUUUACGCUGAAUAAAACCAGAUUGUUGGGCAAAAACCUUGCUGUGUAUAUCCAAUUUCUAAUAAUCUGAUAACAGCCUUUAUCUGAUAGAGAAAACUCAAUUCUGCUGUUUGCAUGACUACUUACAUUUUCAGCUGUAACAAGGUAACUCCGCAAAUCAAAUGAUAAGUUCAUUGCUGACAUCUGAUUAAUAUACAACCAAAAAAAGUUGAAAAUGAACAACUGAGCUCCCAGCAUCACUGAGGAGAGGAGAGAGAGAGAGAGAGAGCCAGAGAGGAAGCAAGAGUGCUGCAGGCAGAAGCUUGUGAAGGCAAGUUUGUGAACAGUAGCUCUGAUUGGCUAGUUGGGUGCAAGCUAACCUGAUUGGUUAUUUGAUUCAGACCAGGUAAAUCUUUUACAAAACACUGAAUACAUCACAAACGCGGUUUUUAAGGCGAAUUUCGUAGCGGAUUACAGACAGCAGGAAUCACGAGAACUCACAAGAACCCGCGGAUUCACGUGUAAUCACGAGAUAACAAGUUGUCUCUAGCCACAUAAGCUAACCAUAUAAGAAGUAGAUUGUGUCCUUCCAGAGGAGGAAAUCUACUUCUAGACUUUUAGAAUCAGCAUCUCCUCCAGGUGAAAUGCUGUCUAGGUAAACUUGUUCAACCCGCACGUUUGCGUGGCGUGAACGUAGUGUUUUAUUUUGAAAAGAAGCCGGAUGUUUUAUUUUGUGUCUGUGCCCGACUUCCUUUCCAGCACGGGAUAAUCUGUGCUGAAUUUUUCCGGCAUGCUCCAUUCGAAAAAAUAGAACUCUUGUGAUCAGCUGCGGAGUCCAGCGAACUGCAGAGGAACGGAAAGAAGUCGGUGGAAAUUGACACAUUAACUUGAAUGGUUACGAUCAGCUGCGAUCGGCAGAUACGGCCAUUUUGUAGCCGUUCCAGAUGCGGUGGAAAUUGGGGGUUAGAAGUCAAAAAACUCCUUACUGAAGCUUUAAUAGUAUUAAUUAUCAACAUGUUUUUUAAAAUCAUAAUUCUGCUUAAAUAAUGUCUCCUACUGACACUACUUUGAGGUAAAGGUACUUAGUUGCAGCCCAGGCAUGCCAACAUACAAAUACCCUCACACAGAUGCACACACAGUCAUAAUCUGACUCAGACACACAUGGACAGUGAGUCAAACUCCCCUAAAAAAACACACACGCAAGCACACACACACACACAGUUGCAUCAGUGUAUUAAGUGUCAACCUGUGUGACAGAGUGUUUGUGUUUACCACAGGAAGGGGAAGACACACAAUGUUCCUGGCGAGGGUGGAAAACACCGUCUCAUGGACAUGGUAGGUAUCUGAAAAAACACACAAAUUUAACCAGCGAGGAGUGAAAUCAUUCAGGGUUACUGUUUAACCGGCCUUGUGUGUGUGUGUGUGUGUGUGUGUGUGUGUGUGUGUGUGUUGUCAGGGUAUACUCAGACAGUCGAAGCUGCGCUCCAUCAGUAAAUCAGACACGGAGAUGAACAAGAUGAACUGCAACGGCAAAAGUGAGUCCAUCUUUCACAUAUACAUCCCCACCUGUGUGCUCCGAUAUGUCGGCGUCUUUGGGACCGGACAGCCUGGAACUUUUUCAGGCUGCAUGACAAAGCACUUUUGUUUUCACCAACGAAAAAAAAAUGGGAUUUUUGGGGGAAUUUUUUGAGCCCCAGGAGAACAAUAAAUUAAGUAUAUAUCUCCAACACAUUAGCAUGUGUUUGUUCAGCUUAUCUGAAGCAUAAAACCCCCAAACAUCGGAGGAGCAGCGUUUCCGGCCGACAGAAUCAGCCAUGAAAUGGCAGAAAUAGAAAAUCAAUCAGAAAAUUUAGCUGCAGAUUAAAAGCAUGAGGAGUUAACACAUGAAUGAAACAACUAUAUAUAUAAGUAAAUAAACUGUAACAUGGUCUGAUAUCAUUCAGCUAUGAGACAAAACCCCCCGUAUAAUUCAAAGUGGUCAGUUUGAUGUGAGAUGCUGUCAUGGAUAAUUUCCUCCAUGUGCCCAGCUCCCUAAAGUUAAGUAGAUCUUUCUGCACCCGAAUCAAAGAACUAUUUAGAGGAGAGAUUCAUCCACAUAACACUUACUGCUCAGUCUUAUUUCACUGAGCCUCUCAGGCUUCAUUUGAGAACAUGUAUCGCGCUCUCUCUCUUUCGCUCAAAGACAGAAAUGAGAGAGCCAAGACGAGUCCUGGAGCUCCGUCACUGACAGUCAGCAGGGAGCUGUGUUUGUGGGCACCGUGACAGUAGCCUGAGAGGGUUUGAAGAAAUAGAAGCAUAUGUCCUGCUUCGUUCUUGUCCUGCUUCCAUUUCAGUGGAAUGAAGUCAAAUUGGAGGCUUUUCCUCAAAUAUCUACGUCAGCUUCCAGUUUACUGUCAGCUCCAGACUUUCUUAAAACCAGGGAGAGACCACCGGCUCUCACGCUGAGGAAUGAGAUGUAAAUGUAUGUGAGUUCUGUUUUUUCUGGUGGCCCCCAGCUGUACAGAGAGUAGGAUCAGGGUGUAUCCGCCCUGCAGAGGUCUCUCUAAAGAAACCUCCAGCCAGCUUGGAGCUUCUACUGCUGCUCAGCUGCCGGUCUAACUCUGAGCUUCGUCUUCAAGGCAGGCAGCUUCCCCAGAUCCCAUCUGGGACUGGAGAGGACGGGGAGCACACUUACUCUGAGGUGGGCCGACGCUCUUCCACCUCACGUACUGAUGAUGCCCUCUACGCCAUGGUAGGCAGGGCCGGACAGACGGACACUCCGGCCCCUCCAGCUGUCCCCGCCAACACCCCGGCACCCCCGGACCCGGACGGUGAUGUGGAAGGAGGGCUGCCUGAACCAGAGGCCCAGGUCAUGACUCCCCCUCACCCUCCAGAGACGGCCGAGUACGCCUGCGUCAGGAAGCUGAGGAAGGCCGACAAGGCGCCGCAAAAGAGGGACAGUGGGACGGAUAUGGGGGAGCCGCCGGCGCCGCCUCCGAGACACGCCCCGCCAUCGCAUCCAGCCCCUCCUCCACCUCAUCCUCACAGCACGAAGCUGCCUCGAAGAAACAUGGAGGCCUUCAAUGUCCCAUCGUUCCCAAAGGUUAGUGAAGACGCUCAAACCUCAUCAGAUAGUUUCAAAAACAGCUCAGGAGCUUCACAACUCAAACUCUGAAUUCGGUCCAAAAGUUUGACAGAAACAUUUAUCAAGUUCCUCUAACUUUUCUGAAAGUUUUGGCUACAUUUCCUCAGGGGCAUGGCAUCUGGGGAAAUUCCCCUAUACAGCCAAGACCAUGAGAUCCAGUUAAAGAAGCUCUUGUCCUGGAUGAAUUAGGUUUGCUCUGCUAUACUUUGCCUCUAAGUUAUGUGGAAUUCAGACAGAAUUGACACAUGAAAAAUCAUAUCUGACCAUUUUUAGUUGGACAAAAGUCUAAAUUUAGUCUAAGAUUUAUUUUAUGGGAGGAGAUUUAACAAAGAGCAGAAAGACUUCACCAGACUUUGACCAGAUUCUCACAUAAAUAACCUGUUAAAAUAGUUUGGUUCGCUUUUUCAGACUUAUUUUAACCAUUUAAAUGUUGAUAACCUUAUAUUUAUUUUGUAGAUUGAAACAAAAAAGAUCAGACCUCUUUCACUCACAGUCUGAAUAAUGUGUCAGUGUGAGGAGGAGGCGGAGGAGGAGGUGGGGAGGAUUCAGUUUUAUGGGACAGUUUUAAAGGAAGUGAUGGCUGCAAGGGGAGAGGAAAUAAAGUCAGGUCACAUGUGAACCUCCAGAGAUUCGACUGGAGCAGCUGAUGAGAUCAUCAGAGACAGAUUAAGAGUGUACGGCUGCUUUGUGCAGUGAUUUUUUGCCUACUAGUCCUAAAAAUGAUAAUUUAUUAUCCAAGGCUUUCAUUAAGUCUCGCUCCUUUUUUAAAUGUCUCCAAUUUUAGUGCAGAUAUUCAUGAUCCCCAGAAGACAAGUCUUAAUGAUUUUGGUGAUUUCUUGACUUUUCUUCUAGUCUUCUGAGGCUGAAACUUGUGUAUUAUCAUCUAACAUCUUCACAGCCACGGGAUCAAUUUCCAUGAAAUCUAUGUGGGAUUUUUAUGUUCCCCUUGGGAUGAACUGAAACAACUACUGAGAUACUCCCAUUACCAUCAAUGGUACCAUUACUGUUGUACCAGCAAAACAAACAAAAUUCAGCUCUGACUCAUAUUAUUAGAAAAUGUCAGCAGCUGAACUGAAGAUUAUGUAACUGAUAAAAACUGCAGUUCCCCCAGUGUCCACUUGAGGCUGGCUCCAGAAGUGCUGAAAGGCACAUAUACACCCACUCAAAAGAGCCCAUUUUCUACAGCAAAUAUAAACAUGUUUUCUGACGGGUACAAUGCUGCGUUCGAGUUAUCUCGGAAGUCAGAAGUCCGAGCUGAAAAUGACGUCACACCUGAGUUACCAGUGUUUCAGUUACCAAGUCGGAAAAAAGCAGAAUCAGAAGCAGAAACAAGAUGGCUACAUCUACGAAAGUUAUGUAGAUUUAGCUUUUUCUGACUCGAUAACUGAAACGCUGGGAACUCGGUUGUGACGUCAUUUUCAGCUCCGACAUCUGACUUCCAAGGUAACUCGAACGCAGCACAACAACAGUUUUGGUCGAGAUAGAGGACUUGACAUUGAGUUAAUUUUUUUCAAACAUGUUUGUUUUUUAAGAUAUUAAUGUUAUGAGUUUGAGGCAAAACUGACUCGACUGACAGAUGUGAAAACUCAAUAAGUUUACUUUCAAAAAUGACUUAUUGCAAUAAUCAAACUGAAACUGGACUUUAAAAAUGCAUGUAAACACGUUGGUUUGACUAAAAUUAAACUUCUCAUAGUCAGAUUAACAUACCUGGAUAAUGCGAUGGAAGAUGAAUUUGCUGUCUUGUGUAGCCAGUGGUUGGACAGCAUGGAUGCGUUGCUAGGAAAUUGAGUAAUAAACAAAACCUCGACAGACAAAGACAGGAAGUAAAAAAGACAAAACUUGUCACCUACAUGAUUGUGCACUUGAUCCAAUAAUUGAUUAUACAUUUUGAAUCUUGCCAAUCAACGCAAAGAUAACAAGCCAUUUAAGAAUAUACUUGUAUCACUGUAGGCUCAAAUGUCAGUCACAUGUUGUGUCUAAGCUGCAGCACAGUCACCCACCUCUCUGGUUCAUGGCUCCAGCUCUGCAUCAAUAAUGCUCUCCUACCUGAAUCUUAACAAGCACAGAUUAUAGAUGACAUAUCACAGCGCCUCUCUGGUCGUAAUCGAUCCAGAAAAUGGAGGUAAAGUUAUAUAUGUGGACUGUGUUGGAUUAGAAUCGGUUUAGAAACAUUUCUUGGACCAUCCCUGGGUUUUAUGUCUUUGGGUUUUAUGUUCUCAGCCUUUAUUUCAAGGUGAAAUGUUGAAAGUAUGUUCCCCUGGGUCAAUAAGUUAAAAUCAUCCAUCCAGUUUAUAGCCGGCUGAUAUUUUACUCCCUGGCACCGACACCCUCAAACUGAAAGACACCAACCUUCCCUCUUUUACGGGUUUAACUGCAAAGAUAUUAGUCACCCUAUUUCAAAAACUGAGAGGAUGAACUCGGAAACCCGUGAAUGACCCAGGUGAACAUUACCUGCUCACUAUCGGCGCAUUAGCAUUGUAACUGUGAGCAUGCGUUCAUUAGCAUUCAGUUCAAAGCAGCACAGUCUCACAGAGCUGGUAGUGCGGCUGUAGCAGCUUUCAGACUGAAAAUAGAUCAGUGUUUAAAAAAAACACAAAGCUGCGUUUGGUGUGUUGCUACAGGUACAAGUGGGACAUGAAAUACAAUCCAUGAAGUCAUCUUUGAGUUACAGAUCAGUGAGUAUAGAGGCUCAUCAGAUGCCACAACACUGCACGGCUAUUUAUAAUUUUACAACUAUUGUCUGGACGGUUAUCAUAUCACCUGUUUUACUUCAUCUGCAGUCAAAGUGGCGUCCUGGUAAGCAGUAAAAAUAAACUCUUCGGCUCAAAUUAUCCGAGAAUAAAACAGGAAUGACAUGUGACUGCACCUCCUUUCCAGAUUGUGUCACUCGUAGUCGAGUUGAGCCAGGUUCAGUUUUUAAAGGUGGUGUUUUUUCCAUGGAGGGUCAGACUUAUUCUGCAGUUUGCCUCAGGCUGGUCUCAGACUGCGGAUGUUUUGGGGCUGCUCAUCUGAAGCAACAAUCGAAGGAGAAAUCUGGUCAGUGUUUAUGUCCAGCUCAGAUUAGUCGGGAAGAUGAAGGAUUUCACAGACUCGCUCUUUAUCCUCUUGAUUGCCUGACUGGCUGGCUGGCUGGUGGUUGUGUUGGGCCCCCCUGGUAAAAUAAAACCUGUGAUAUUUGGUAUCAAGACCCUGGAUGAUUAUAUUAGUAUAUCUGAGUGCAACCAGAACACAAUAGCCAAUUAGAGUGAGGUCUACAAAGAGACGGAGCUGCUGAUGGUGUUUCGAAACAUCCAAGCCCCUGAGGCUAACACUAACUAGCUUAAUAUUGCUGCAUGAAAGAGCAAAUAUCACCUCUAGUACUUUAUAGAGAAUAGACAAGCCUCGAUGAAUGUUUAACCUCUUCUAUUUUCUCAUUCAGACUCUUAGAGCUCCUAUGAGGAGUCUGUAGCUGGUUAUGAAGCAGACUGAAAUCAAUACUGAGGCCUCUUUAGGAGUUACAGAAGCAGCGUGUUUCUAUAAAGUUACAUUCAAGGCCAGAAACCGCAACUACAGGGUAGGGUAGGUGCCAGAUAAAGUGAUUAAGGGCCUGUGUCCACUAGUGUGUGUAGUGUUUAGUGUAUACAACACCAAUGCAGUUCAGUAUUAUCAGAGCUCAGUAUCCUAGGCUCAAAACCCUCAAUGACUCACAGUAGGCGGUAAAUUGGAGCAUUUUCUAUUACUGACCAAUAAAAUAAAAAAGGGGCGGGACUUCUGAUUAAUAUGUCAGUAACAAUUGUCCAUACGGAGUCUGCCUAAGUCCACACAAAAGAGAAACUAAACGUCCUUUUUAGGGGACUCUUUUAGGUGUAGAGCUGCUGCUAAUGCCUCAAUAUGAGUUUUAUUCAUUGUUAUUUUGUCUUCUUCAUAAAAUCUAAUGAAAGUUUUCCUUUCAUUGAGCAAAUAUGAGGCAAACUUAGCGUCUCGAAACAAACUUCCCUCUGAGCAUUUUUUGGUCUAACAGACGUCUAAAUGUAGCCUAGACAGCUGGUCUAAAAUCAGGCUACCACAGGUCUAAAAAUGAAAGUUUUUUUAGACGUCUAAAUUUAGACCAAGUUUGGACCAAGUCUAAAUCUGGGCUAUAUCUAUACUACACUGUAUUUUGCUCAACGACUAUCAUAAUUAUUUUAGUUAAGUACUUGGAGAUCAGUUAUGCAACUCACAGUUGCUUUUUGAGAUAAAUAGUUAUCAAAUUAUGGGUUAAAGUGCAACGUCUGAAUUCCGUCUAAAAUAUACAGAAUCUAGACGGUUGAAAUCAAGUCUAAAAAAAACUAGACGUCUAAUAGCCGUCUGUUGCUCAGUGGGUUAACACAGACUGAACCAUGGGAGGCAGAAGUACAGCAGGAAACGUUUAUAACUCAGGAGAUGUUGGUAAGAAUUGCUCUAAAAUUGAGGUUAGCAGUGGACACAGGCCCUAAUUGACGGCCAAAGCGUACUGUUAUGACUGUUAAAAGACAGCAGGAUGAGAAUUUGCGUUAAUAUUACUACUUGGACAUGCAUCAGCAAAGGAGGAAAUCUGUGAACUUUUUCCUGUUGUGAGUAACGUUUGGCUUGUCUAACUCCUGUAGUCUCAGCCUGACCUCAGUGUUAUUAAAGUUUAUUGCAGUGCAUCAUUUUUGGCUUCAUGAUCUUCGUUGUCAGGCUCGAGAUUUUACAGCUAGCAGCAUUGAUAGGUUAGAAAAAGGUCUGGUAAAUAAAUAUUCUAGUCAGUGUUCCUCUGUCGGAGUCACUUUAACAUAUUUAACAGCAUUUGCAUCCAAGGGAAAGCAAUCAGGGUGUGGAUGGUGAGUCUGUCAGGUUGCCUGUUGCUGCUGCAGAGGAUCUGCUGACUUGUUUGUGUGCAUGCGCUCGUCUACAUCAUGCAUGAUGUUGUGAUGUGUUGGCGCUUCAGCAUGAAUAUCUUUCCAGUCUGGACUCAGCGCUGUGUUUAUUUAUUGAAUGGUUCUCGGGUAUAUCAGUGUGUUUCCCCUCUCAGCAGUGUCACCUCUUCCAUAUGUUUGCAGCGGCAGGAGUGUAGGCAGACGGCCUGAUUUCACUGUGGAUAUAAAGCUUUGUGCUCCCCUCAGGGUGACAGUGGGAGACCAUUUGCUGCCCUGCGUGAGGUCAGCGAGGUCGCGCUCUCGGCUGUGACCUGAGUUCAGAAACACGAGCGUCUGCAGGCUUACAUGUGUACGCAGGCUGCUCACGGGGCUGUUCGGCACUCAUUUUCUUGUGGAUGACGCAACAUGUUGAAAUUGAGUCAUCCAGAAUAUAAGCACAUGGUUCCUCUUGCUGCAAGCCCCACCUUCCAGGGGAAAAUCUCUCCAAUACUGUUUGACAUCCAUCCGAUAUAUUUCUUAUGCUCUGUGCUACUACUCUCUGCAUGGUUAAAGAGGUUAAUUUGUCUUUUAUGAGCUCCAGUGGGUGUAUUUUUAAAGAGCUGUUUUCAUGUUCAAAAAUACUCUAAAAAGGCGUGCGUGAACACAUGACCGGCUCUGCCCUAAAUGUAAUUUCUCAUUGCCCUGACAGGAAGUGAUGUUUAUGGGAAACGGGGAGCAGUACAUCUGGAAGCCUCCGGAGGAUGAAGAGAUGCUCAUGCACCAAAAUAAAACCCUGGGACCGCUGGGUGCUCACACAAUGGAGAAUAUACAACCAUCUGCUGCAGUGGUGAGAGAGCACUCCUCAGGUUUACUUGUUAAAUUUUCAUCUACUAUUGUACGGUUUUAGUAGCAUUGAAACACAGUGAUGAGCUGGUGUUGUGAUUAAAAAAUUACCUGGUUAUCUUAAAAAGCCUGUGAGCCUGUUCAAAAGAAAAUAUUAUUCCGUGUUAACACUCUAAUUUAUUAUUUUAUAUUUAGACGUAGAUUUAAAAUUGUCACACAAAAUUAAAAAGAUGUAAAAGAUAUUUUUUCAUAUAAUUUCAACUUUUUGAACCUUUGCCUUUAUUAGGAGAAGAGUGGGGUCAAGUGGCCAAUGAAAAACAGUAUUAAGGCAGCAAACUGGUGUCCCCUUUAUAUAUAUUUUUAAUUAUAUCAACUUUUCAGGCCUGUGCUUGUAGGUUGAAGAGUGAUAUAAUCUCUGAACUUAACUGAUGCCAUUAAAAGACAUUUUAAACAUCAAACAGUGAAUGUUUUCAGCAGAAUCAUGCAGCUUUUAACGAGGACUUUAAAGGUACAGUAUGUAAUUUUUGGCAGUAUUUAGCCAGGCACUUGGUAGGAAUGGAAUGUGAUAUUUAUAAAUAUGUUUAAAUUAGUGUAUAAUCACCCUGAGUACAAAAAUAAGCCAUUUAUAUUUACACAAGGAGUAGGUUCUCUUGCGCCACCAGGUUUCUACAGUAGCUCAGAAUGGACAAACUAGUAUCAUAUGUAUUUAGCGAGCAGCUGUCUGAAAUGGACCGUUUGUAAUAUGAAGAAGAAGAGGAGAGUGGAUUUGAGUUUUUGUUUUGAUAAACAUGUUUGACAGUUAAAAUUUGACAGACAAAGGGUCAUACUCACAGGAGCUUCUUGUCCUUAAAGGCCACCGUCACUUCUUGAAUGUCACACGCUGUAGGGGUGAGCAAGGGAGCGCUUCAAUCUAGACAUAAAACUAUAUGAUACUGUUAACAUUCCCAUUUUCACACUCUGUACCUUUGAUGGAAUAUUUACUCGUAAUAAAGCAGAUCGGCGCCUUUUUCAUCUUCACGCUGACCCGAAAGUUGCCCUUAAGGCGAAGCUUCUUGUUUCUGGUCUUAGCUUGAUAGUCUCAUUAUGGAUGAAGAAACUGCAGAGGAAGACGAUAGAGAAAAAAGAAAGUGAGUGAGCGAGAGGCUGAAGAAACUUGUUUUUUUACUUGUUGCCAAGAGAGAGAGGGCAAACUGCCAAACUACGGAGAACAUAAAAAACCAUAAAACAGUUCUUGUUUGAUACAUCUUCUAAGAGAAUAUAAAGAAGAAGAUUAAGUUUUGGAAAAUAUGUCGGCUCGUUUGGUGGAAAGAAAAUAAAAAGAAAAGUCAGUUAAAUAUUAAAGAACAAUAGCAGGCGGGUUAUUUUUGCCCGGUGUGUCUUUUCUGUAACGUUUGACACAUUUGGCCAACAAUGGUGGAGUCGUUUGGCCCCUGAUCUGCCAUCAGAGGUAGUAAUAUUAAUAAGAGUUUUCUGGCAUGUGCGCUCAUUCACCUCGUCUCUUUGUUUCAGAGUCUAAACUCAGUUUGUUUAAAUUUUACUCCAGGUGGCUGAGAUGUACUCAAAGGUUUGUAAACCUGGAAAGAAGAAGAGAGCUGUGCCAGGCUCUCCCCCGUCCAAUCCUGGCUUCCGGACCUUGGGUCGUGGUGACCGAGAUCGAGACCGGGAUGGGGGUUUUAGUGUAGUGGUCAAACCGCAGACGUGGGCCCUUCAGGAGGGCAAAGCAAUGGGAGGACCCCUCGAUGACCACUGCUAUGAGUCCAUCGGGACAGAGGAGUGCGAUCCGGGGUACGAGAACAUGGAGGGCGGAGGCGCCUGGAAACGGGAGAGGCCCCCCAACACAUGUGCCACCCUCCGACCCAGGAGGAAGAAAGCCCAGCAGCCUUUGCAGCAGCAGCAGCCCCCUCCACCGCCGCCCACGCAGCAGACCCCUAAGUUACAGCACCUGCCUGCCAAAGCCCUGCUGCUGCCGGGGGAGAACCUGUACGAGAGCAUCGGCGACUUGAAGCAGGGCUCUGCCACCUCCAGCACCACCACCAUCUUUACUUUCAACGACGGCAUGGAGAUGUACGUAACAGGGCUCUGAGGCGGUGGCUGCACUGUGACCCCUGACCCCUCAACACAAGGAGCUGAGCUAACACCCGAGGAGUGACGGCUGAGCCCCUGUCAUGCUCCCCCAUACAUACUGUUUACAUUCAAGUCAUAACAUCAGGCCUUUCACAGGAUGGGCAGAAAUGUUGAUCUGUUAUGACCUGGGCUGAGUUAAAGUCCGCUCUAUCAACCUUAAAAGGAAUCCAAAGGUAGUGAAUAUUAAAUGAGCACAAGACCGUUGCAGAGCAAUCUGUAGGUAACAGUAGCACUUCUAUUUUACUGAAACAUGUGCAAAGCACAAUAAAGUAAAAGCCUAAAUUCUUCCUCAACUUUAGCGGGUAAAAUAGUUGUUUUCCUGGUCCGAGCAGGAAUCUUAUUUGAGGAAAAGGCACAGGAUCUGUGUGAAAUCUUUUGGUAGCACUUAGUCUGUCACGAACAGGCCUUCCCUGUAGUCUGUCAAGAUGUGAUUCAGGAUGGAAUUUAAAUGAUAGGAAAGGAAUGAAUUACUAAUCAAAAUACUUGAAAGCUCAGGGACCAAGAGAAUCAAUUAUGAGAGUAUUAUAAAGAAAAAUUGCACACAUUUUGCAUUCCUCCUAAAAGCUUUGACUAAUUUAGACCAUAAUCAUGUUUAAAACCGACCGGAUACUUCCCUCUGUCACGUUUUGUUUCAUCUGACAUGGACUGAACACUGUCUCCACUGCCGUCUGUAAAUGAAGUGUUUUACUUUGUUGAUCCUGUUUCUGCACUUUGCCUGCUACAAGUUGCAUGCUUAAAAAAGUGGAUAAAAAAAGACAAAAAAUCAAGCACUGUCAUGUGGUACCUCUAUAUGAAUGUUUUUCUUUUAUUGUCGUUGGUUGUUUUCUUUUUCUUUUAGUGUGUUGCUUUAUUUCUCUGUAGAGCACAAAGCCAGUUAGAUUAAGGAAGUCUUUGGCUCGGCGGGAGUCUGUGCAGCAGAGAGGAGAGGUAGUUUUCUCUCCCGCGGUUUGCCUGAGCAAACGAAACAAGACUAAAGAGAACUGCUCGAGUCCUAAAGGUGGAGACAGACCACUCAACCCCACAUGCAUAAACACACACACACACACACACACACAUACACACACCUCUGCUCAGUCCUCUCUCAUGUCUGUGGACCGUUCAUUUUCAUCGUCCCUACCUUGUGCUCAUAUGAAUCUGCUUUGGGUUUCUCACCAUAGUGCGGCUUGGAAAGCUACAGUAGAACUGAUGUGUAUUAGCAAAACGUCAUGUCUCAUCAUCACUCCAUCGAUGAACUCUCUCUCUCCUCUUUCUCUCUCUCUCUGUUAUCUGUGUUUAAAAUAUCGCAGAAAUGACAAAAAUGUGAAGCAAAACGGUUUCGCUAAGCAGCAGAGGAUAAAGCGCUCAAAUUUACAUCUUAAAUCCUGGACGAUAACGAUGUUUUUUCAUUUGACCAAAUAUCCCCAGCAAACAAUGUGAUUAUACUGUAUGUUGAUGCAAUGUGUAUGUACAUUACAAAAGAGAAAGAAUAAUAAAUAUAUCAUCAGUGUCAAGAAAUCUAUCUUUUUCUAUUAUGUUUAAUUGUGUUUUGGAAUGACUUAUCUUGUGACACAAACUGCAAAACAGCUGCAAUGUAAAAAAUAUUUCCGUGUAUUCUGUUUGUUGUUUUUUGAAGCCAUGAAGCUACGGUGUGUUCUUGGAAAGCCCGGCUAAGUUAAAUGUGGCAGCUAAUGUUGUGUGUUUGCUAUUCAGACUACAGGGUCUUGUACUCAGAAGCGUGUAAUUAAGUGCUAAGUGCAAAAGAUUGUAAUGUUUUAUAUCAAGAUUACUAUUCAUGAAAUGUCAGUCAAGUUUAUACUUUUGUAAUAAAGUGGCACUUUAAAAAAAUUU